AGUUGUCAAACUUUGUGUUUGUGUUUUGAUUUUGUGGUGCUUCUUCAUCCUCAAAAAUGAAUAAUUUCGCCAAAACGAGAAGUUAUCUGCCCAAUUACUACAGCCUCAUGGAUAUCCUGGCCACGGAGGAGAAGGUGCCGUAUGAGAAAACGCAAGUUCUCACAAAUCUCGAGAGGAGAACACACGUUACGUUGACCAGUGAAAAUGGUGAUCUGAGUAUGGCUCCAUUUGACGUAUCCCUCUCGGGAUCAGCUUCAGCGGAAGAGACGCCCGUGGAACAAACUGAGGGUGAACAUGAAUUGCCCUUCUGGAUGCUCAACGAUGCUGAGGAUCUUCACAAUUACUACGUUAAGAUUAAAGUCCCGGAGCUCUAUAGAUCGUUGAAUAAGUCAAUUUGCGAGGCAGGAGCUAAUUCCGUGGAUCUGGGGAGGCUAUGCAAAUAUUUCUACGAAUUUGGGCUUCAUGUGUCCAAAUUCGAUGAUCAUAACAUCAUUGAGAACAUGCUGCUGAACACCCUGCGCCAGAGAUUGAGCCACAUCAUUGAUUUGUGCAAUUGUCCUGAUAUGAAGAGCAAGAGGGAUAAUCAUUUUGAUUGCUCAGAGGAGAAAUUGUACAAUGUUGGAUGUGAAACAUUCUCAGCAUACCACAAUUGGCUAACGAAGGAAGUUGCAGCGACACGGAGUAGGAAUACGAAGAGGAAACGAUCCGCAAUGGAGGCUGAUGAUAUCCUUAAAUUCUAGUGAAUGUAUUUAAAAUAAAAAUUAAUAAAAGAAUUGGAGGUUUUUUUGUUGUUGA